AUGGACAUCCUGCUGGCCCGGCAGUACAACCUCAUCAGCUGCCUGCUGGAGCAGGGCAGCAGGAACGGCCGCGGCAACGGCGGCGGCGGCGGGCGCGCGGCGGCUCGCGGCGCGGCCAUGCAGGACACGCCAGACUCGGCGCUCGCCCGCAUCGAGAGCAUGCGGCGCUCUAUAGGCGUGGCCGGCGCGACCACCACCACCGACCAGCUGCAGCUGCUGGAGGUCCUAGGAGAGGGCGCGUUCGGCAAGGUCUACAAGGGUCUGUGGCGGGGCACGACUGUGGCCAUAAAGACGAUGGUGCUGCCCGCCAAGAUGAGCGGCGCUGAGAAGCACGAGCGCAUGGCCAUCAUGGAGGCCGCCAUCAGCAGCACCAUGAACCACCCCAACAUCGUGCAGACCUACACGUACACGAUCAAGCCCACGAGCUCAACCCAUGCAGCCGGCGCCUCACAAUCCGGCAAGAGCAAGUGCGACUCAUCUGCCCCGUCAGACGACCCCUUCUCCACAGACUCUCACACCCUCAACUUCGAGCGCGACCGCAUCUCCUUGCCGCCGCGGGCCCGCCUCGCGCCCAGCCGGCCCGCGCCCGGCGCCCCCGCCGCCGGGGCCGCGGACAAAGCCGCUCCCGCCGCCCGCGAGCUUCAAAUGCUGGGAUCGCUGCGGGACGCCCUGGACAGACAGGCAUUUAAAAGCGGUGCGCCCGCCGCCACGCGUGAUCGCCGCCGCCUUCGCGGCUCUCUCAUUGGCGACCCCGCGGUGGCGCCAGAGGCCUCAGCCGACGGCACUCUGAACUACGCGGCCGUGCUCGACACCGCGGCGGACAUCGCGCGCGCCAUGCUGCACCUGCACAAGCAGCAGGUGCUGCACUCUGACCUGAAGGCCCGCAACGUGCUGCUCAAGACAGACGGCACCAGCGACCGCGGCGUGAUCGCCAAG